AUGUUCAACCACUCAGACACUCCCCCCUCCCCCUCAACCAACGAUCAAGACUGGACAAACAUAAAACGCCGCCUCGAUAUUGCCCUAGACGGCAUCCCGCCCACAAUCCAGCCUACCCUCAUCCACCCCACCCCGAUCCACGCCGCCGUCAAAUACUGCUUCCGUGCCUACGACCGCGCCUGCCAACGACAGCGAUGUCCUAUGUUCAAAGCUCACGAACUCUCCAUAAACCUGAAUCUCGUCUUCAGAGAGAUGGGCGACGGGCCGCCUUUUGAGUACAAGAACGCCGACGAGGUGGAUCGGUUGACGAGUGAUUUGGCGGGGCUGGAGCUUUGCAGGGUGAUUGCGAAGGUGGUGUAUACGGAUAGAGUUACUGAGCGGAUUUGGGAGAGGAUAAGAGAGGCGCAGGAGGAGAGGUAUGAGAGUGGGUUCGAUGGGUGUGUGUGA